AUGGAAUCGCCCAGGCAUUGAUACUGCUUACUAGGUGAACUUUUGAUCAAGGCAAUCGAAGGUAUCCUCUCUUUUCGAAUUUUUCAUCCAGAGCUACACAGAUCUCGUUCAACUGACCAAAACAUUGUUCUACAAACGCAAAUAAAUGAGUUUUCAGGCAUCAGAGAAUCUGAUAUUGUCUGCACAAUAGACAACCCUUGGUCAUUUUGCCUUAAUAUUCUAUUGGAUGGAACACAAAUAGAGCAAUGACAAUUUUCCUUCAAUAUAAUGUAGGAUCUAUACAGAGAUAAACACCCAUUCACAGAUAUUUACACACAAGCUUCAGUUGCUCUGCGGUCAAUUCUGGUUCUGGCACAGAUUUUGCCAGGAUUUGCAUUGUUUACUCCCCUUUUCAAUUGUAAUAAAUCUAGGCAAAAUUAUUAUUUUUAUUUUUCUAUAUACCCUUUUAGUUGGAAAUUGUUGAAAAAUAUUAAUAGGCGAAAUUUUAAUCUUUUUAUAAAGUUAAUUUAAUGGAAUAAAUACAAGUAGAAUGCUUUAACAGUUCAAUCACUAAAUAGAUUUUUUAAAUAUUUAAUUUUUCAUAAAAAAGCAUUAUAACUUCAUUAUAUUUUUUUUUAAAUUAAUUCCCCUUUAAAUUGGAGCAGAAUUUGUGUUCCAAUUUAAAGGGGAGAGCUAGGAAAAGGAAACUUAUAACGUAUAGCUUAAGAGAGGCUUCUGAUUGAAGCCAUCACCAAAAAGACAAAUAUAGGUUAACUUUAUUGAAAUGCCCUGCUGGAAGUUUAUAUGUAGAAGUUAAGUAUAAUAGGACCCCAGAAGUGCUCCCUCUGCCUAGAGUUCCUGGGAUUCAUGGAGCUAGCACUCCACCAGCUAUAGAGUGGGCUUGCAUUUCAACUCCAGCUUCACCAGAGCUAAGAUCUAUUAGUCCACCUUAUAGUCCAUUAGGGGAAAAUAUUCUUGACGAUUCUAUUGAAAUUUUGCCAGAGUUUUUGCUAGACCCAAAACCAAAUGAGAAAUUUGAGGAGAUUAGAUUAGGUUAAAAUGGGUAUCUAUAGUCCUCACUUCUAAAGCAUGAUGCCUUCAGCAUGCGGGGCGGGUUCUUUCAAGGCAACUUGAGCCCGGGCUGAAACCCAGGCUUGUCGUUAGAUGCAUUUCCCUCCUGAUCUGGGAACUCAAGAUUUUUACGGAGCCUCCAUUUCUAACCCAAGUGCCAGUAUUACCUAAUCCUAAGCAACUUAGGCCAGAUCGUACCCUUUUCAACUGGAGAGAUUAGCUCUUGAGUUCUAGUCCAGUCUGUUUUCCCCUUUUUUUUCUUCGGAUCAUCUUCUAGAAAAAAAUUCAAUAGUGUUGCAGAUCCGAGAUAAGCCAAUGAGCAGCUUAAGCAGGCAAGUCGCCCUGCUUCUAUCAGACGCCGUUUCUGGGCCUCAGCGCUGCUAGCAAAAAGAUGUAAAAAACUGCCGCUCAAACCAGAUCACUAUAUAAGAACAGCCGGCCAUUUUAUUUAUAUAGAGAUUUGAAGGGAAAAAGCGAAGGGAAAAUUAUGACUGCUCUCUUGACGCUGAAUGCCAAAAUAUUAUGAAGAAUAUUGACUCAAUUUUGCAAGAAAUUCAAGAAACAGAAGAAGUUUUGAAGAAUUAUUAUUAUUUUUUAGGGAUGUUUUAUAAAGAUUAA